CUUAUCGUUUUUAGGUCCCGCCCCUGUGGGGGUGGGACCUAACGGGGAGGAAGAGCUGUGUUUCUCUGCCGCUAUCUUCACUCAGCUGCUCCACGUCUCCCCAUCAUCACCGAGGGGGAUCUCAAAUUACCCGCAAGUGAAAUUAUCCAGAAUGUCCCGGGAGCAGCAGGCGGUGGCUCGUGCCAGGAAAGCUUUUGAAACCGGCAGGUCCAAAUGUUUAGAGCACCGGAUCCGCCAGCUAAAGAACCUGCAGAGGUUAUUCACUGAGAAACAGAAAGAGAUUUCAGAUGCCAUCAAGAAAGACCUCAAUAAGAGCGAGGUGGGGACCCAGCUGUACGAGACUCUGGGUCUGGAGGGGGAGAUCAGCCUGGCCAUCAGGAAGCUGAAGGAGUGGGCAGCCCCACGGUCCGUUGAGAAGAACCUGCUGACCCUCUCCGACACCGUCUACAUCAAGCCAGAGCCGCUGGGAGUGGUGCUUAUCAUCGGGGCCUGGAACUACCCCUGGGCUGUCACCAUCCAGCCGCUCGUUGGAGCCAUCGCCUCUGGUAAUGCUGCUGUGGUCAAGCCCUCGGAGGUUUGUGUUCACACUGCAAAGGUCAUGGAGGACCUGCUGCCACUUUACAUCGACAAAGAGCUUUACCCUGUAGUAACCGGAGGAGUUUCAGAGACCCAGGAGCUGCUGCGCCAGAGGUUCGAUCACAUCUUCUACACUGGCAACAGCAUGGUUGGCAAAUUGAUCCUGGAGGCUGCUGCCAAACACCUGACUCCUGUCACCCUGGAGCUGGGUGGCAAGAGUCCCUGCUACAUUGACAAAAACUGUGACAUAAGCAUAGCCUGCAGGCGUGUCGCCUGGGGAAAGUACACUAACUGUGGUCAGACCUGCAUCGCCCCAGACUACAUCCUUUGUGAGCCCAGCAUCCAAGACCGGGUCAUCAAAGAGGUCAAGAAAUCCAUUAAGGAGUUCUAUACAGACAACCCAAAGACCUGCCCUGAUUACGGGCGCAUCAUCAACCAGCGCCACUUCAAGAGGAUAAUGGCCAUGUUGGAAGACAGCACCAUCGCUGUAGGAGGUGACAAUGACGAGUCAGACUGCUACAUAGCCCCCACAGUUCUGCGGGACGUGAAGCCAGAGGCAAAGGUGAUGCAGGAAGAGAUAUUUGGACCUCUGCUUCCCAUCUUGCCCGUCAGUGGCCUGGACGAGGCCAUAAAGUUUAUAAAUAAGGGAGAGAAACCUCUGGCUCUCUACGUCUUCACAUCAGAUAACAAGGUGAUCACGAGAAUGUCAGACGAGACCUCCAGUGGAGGAUUGCUGGCCAAUGACUGUCUUGUGCACUUUUCUGUCAGCUCUCUGCCUUUCGGAGGAGUGGGAAACAGUGGUAUGGGUUGCUACCACGGCAAGUUCAGCUUCGACCAACUGAGCCACCUGCGCAGUUGUCUCAUCAAACAGCUGAAAAUGGAAGGAGUGAACAGCAUGAGGUACCCGCCUCACACACCCAAGAAACUGGGCUGGGCGCGCUUCUUCAUCCUGAAAACCGUAGACCUGGGCUGGAUUGGCCGGAUGGCGCUCUUAGCCAUGCUGGCUGUGGUGGCCGCUGUUGUGCUACAGAAUUAUCUCUGAAGACAUCCCGCUGUCUGUCGUGUCGUUGACCCCAAGGAGCACAGAGAAGAGCAGCAUGAAAGUCCUACCAAUUCAUUAACACAUUUCUGUAUAAAUCAGAUCAGCUUCUGCACAGCUGUAAAAAAGGGAAUGUUUACGGUGUAGCCUUAAUCUAUUUUACAUUUCAAUAACGGUGUCAGAAGUUUCAUGUAGCUCACUGUAGAAAGCAUCUAAUUUCAUGAAGGUGAUAAUUUGUUUCUAUGUACGGCUCUUACAUUUGUGUUCAGCUUUACGUUCCAUUGUAACCCGUUAGAUUAAAUACACUUAUCAAUGCUGUGAUUUUGCAAUUAAUGAUUUUAAAUUAAGUAACAAAAUAUAUACAGCUACUUUUCAUUUUACUGUUAUAAAACGACUUGUAGCAUUUGCUAACAAACAAUCAAUGAAGUUAGUAGAAUUUAACCAACCAGAAAUUACUUGUCAUAAUGUUUUAUUGUGUAGCAGUGUCCUACAGUUCAUUUUGUGUCCAUUCUAUUUCAAUGAGGGAUCAGCCAUUAACUUGAUGUUCAGCCUGAAGGUACUUCUGCCCAGUGUAGGUUAGUUAUUUUUUCAGUAUGUGCCUGCCUGCUGGCAGCAGAGAUGAGGUCUGUCUGUUUGAUCAGUCCUCUUUUAGCUCACUGCAGCGUUUCAGAGUCAAACAGGAUGUGAAGGAUGUUUUUAUAUGAUUUUCCUAAAACACUAAAUGCCUGUCACAAUUGUGUGGUAGAAAUGUAUGUAAAUGAAGGAAUGUUUAAUUUUUGCGUAGAGAUGCCCUCACUGUGAGGGAUCUUAUCAAUAACCUCCAGGCUCCAGGGUGCCUGGAGGUAUCGAUAAAAUGGCAACCUCGUUGAUGUGUCUGCCGCCUGUCUGGUGAAUCUGUAUGAGGUAGGGCAUACUAUAUAAAACUGGGCUAAUGUAAUAUUAUUUGGUAUUUGACUGUGUCCAUGCAUACAAGCUGUACCAAGAUCUUCUCUGAUAUCAGACUUGUGUUGGUAUAAACCUAGAUAUUGAAGAAAGGACAACUGAGGCUCAUCGAAUUUAAUUUUCUUUUCAUCAAAGUGAAGACUGACCAAGAAGUACAACAUCAAAAAUUAAGCAAUAAUGUUUUUGUUUUUUGUCAUCAUACCUUAAAAAUGUUAAGGGAUUUGUAAUGAAUAGUUUUAAUAAAUACACAUGUAUUUCUAUAUUGAAUUAAUAUUCAAAUAAAUAUAUUUCUACAUGUUUCA